AUGUUCGAGCCGCUCCCUGGGGUUACUAUUCCGCCGCCCCUGAUGGAGUUUAAAGCCACUGAGACGGUUGUGUCGACCCUGCCGAAUGGGCUCCGGAUUGCUUCGGAGAACCUUCCUGGCCCCACGGCGACGGUGGGGCUGUACAUCGACGCGGGCAGCGUGCACGAGAGCGCGGAGAGCAGCGGCGCGUCGCACCUGCUGGAGCGCAUGGCGUUCAAGAGCACCGCCAACCGCACGCACUUCCGCCUCAUCCGCGAGUGCCUCACGAGCAUACUGCAUUGGCUGCUUGGCAGCGCAUACCUUUCGAAAUCUUCCAACACUAUCCGUCUCUCCAUCCUUCCCUUCCUCUCCUCCCCUCUCCCCCCACCUCCCCUCCCCAUGGCCCCCUCCCUCGCCGCCCAUCAUCCGCAGAUAGAGGCGAUGGGGGCGAACGUGCAGUCGUCGGCGUCGAGGGAGCAGAUGGCGCUGACGGCGGACGCCGUGCGCACGUACGUGCCGGAGAUGGUGGAGCUGCUGGCCGACACCGUGCGCAACUCGCUCUUCCACGACUGGGAGGUCAAGGAGCAGGUAACCUCCCCACCCGUGCGCUUUAGACCUGGCUUUUUCGCUGGGCCGUUCCAGUGGACCCUCACAGUGCCUCAGGUCGUGCCGGCGCCGCUGCUGCUCUCACCCUGUCAGGAUCCGCCCUUGCACGACUGGGAGGUCAUGGACCAGGUGCUUUCAUGGGAGGUCAUGGACCAGGUGGACAAGGUGCGCAGCGAGCUGGCGCAGCUGCAGGCGACCAACCCGCAGGGGCUCAUGAUGGAGGCGCUGCACUCCGCCGGCUACGCGGGGGCGCUCGGCCAGCCGCUGCUGGCGCACGAGUCGUCUCUCGCGCGCCUCAACGGCCAGGCGCUGUACGAGUUUGUUCAGGCCAACUACACAGCGCCGCGCAUCGUGGUGGCGGCGGCGGGCGUGCAGCACGAGGAGCUGGUGGACGUGGUGGCGCCGCUCUUCCAAGACAUGCCUGCAGUGAAGCCGCCGCCCGCACCCGAGUCGCAGUAUGUGGGCGGCGACUGGCGCAUGGCGGCCGACUCUCCCGAGACGCACGUGGCGUUGGGCUUUGAGUUUGCGGGCGGGUGGCGCAACGAGAAGGACGCGCUGGCAGUGGUGGUGCUGCAGACCCUCCUGGGGGGCGGCGGCUCCUUCUCUGCAGGUGGCCCGGGCAAGGGCAUGUACUCGCGCCUCUGUGAGUCCUGCAAGGGCAUGUACUCGCGCCUCUGUGAGUCCUGCAAGGGCAUGUACUCGCGCCUCUGUGAGUCCUGCAAGGGCAUGUACUCGCGCCUCUGUGAGUCCUGCAAGGGCAUGUACUCGCGCCUCUGUGAGUCCUGCAAGGGCAUGUACUCGCGCCUCUGUGAGUCCUGCAAGGGCAUGUACUCGCGCCUCUGUGAGUCCUGCAAGGGCAUGUACUCGCGCCUCUGUGAGUCCUGCAAGGGCAUGUACUCGCGCCUCUGUGAGUCCUGCAAGGGCAUGUACUCGCGCCUCUGUGAGUCCUGCGAGGGCAUGUACUCGCGCCUCUGUGAGUCCUGCAAGGGCAUGUACUCGCGCCUCUGUGAGUCCUGCAAGGGCAUGUACUCGCGCCUCUGUCAGUCCUGCAAGGGCAUGUACUCGCGCCUCUGUGAGUCCUGCAAGGGCAUGUACUCGCGCCUCUGUGAGUCCUGCAAGGGCAUGUACUCGCGCCUCUGUGAGUCCUGCAAGGGCAUGUACUCGCGCCUCUGUGAGUCCUGCAAGGGCAUGUACUCGCGCCUCUGUGAGUCCUGCAAGGGCAUGUACUCGCGCCUCUGUGAGUCCUGCAAGGGCAUGUACUCGCGCCUCUGUGAGUCCUGCAAGGGCAUGUACUCGCGCCUCUGUCAGUCCUGCAAGGGCAUGUACUCGCGCCUCUGUGAGUCCUGCAAGGGCAUGUACUCGCGCCUCUGUGAGUCCUGCAAGGGCAUGUACUCGCGCCUCUGUGAGUCCUGCAAGGGCAUGUACUCGCGCCUCUGUGAGUCCUGCAAGGGCAUGUACUCGCGCCUCUGUGAGUCCUGCAAGGGCAUGUACUCGCGCCUCUGUGAGUCCUGCAAGGGCAUGUACUCGCGCCUCUGUGAGUCCUGCAAGGGCAUGUACUCGCGCCUCUGUCAGUCCUGCAAGGGCAUGUACUCGCGCCUCUGUCAGUCCUGCAAGGGCAUGUACUCGCGCCUCUGUCAGUCCUGCAAGGGCAUGUACUCGCGCCUCUGUGAGUCCUGCAAGGGCAUGUACUCGCGCCUCUGUGAGUCCUGCAAGGGCAUGUACUCGUGCCUCUGUGAGUCCUGCAAGGGCAUGUACUCGCGCCUCUGUGAGUCCUGCAAGGGCAUGUACUCGCGCCUCUGUGAGUCCUGCAAGGGCAUGUACUCGCGCCUCUGUGAGUCCUGCAAGGGCAUGUACUCGCGCCUCUGUCAGUCCUGCAAGGGCAUGUACUCGCGCCUCUGUCAGUCCUGCAAGGGCAUGUACUCGCGCCUCUGUCAGUCCUGCAAGGGCAUGUACUCGCGCCUCUGUCAAUCCUGCAAGGGCAUGUACUCGCGCCUCUGUGAGUCCUGCAAGGGCAUGUACUCGCGCCUCUGUGAGUCCUGCAAGGGCAUGUACUCGCGCCUCUGUCAGUCCUGCAAGGGCAUGUACUCGCGCCUCUGUGAGUCCUGCAAGGGCAUGUACUCGUGCCUCUGUCAGUCCUGCAAGGGCAUGUACUCGCGCCUCUACACGCGAGUGCUGAACCAGUACGGCAUGGUGACGUCAUGCAGCGCCUUCAACUCCAUCUACAACGACACAGGGCUCAUCGGCAUCCACGCCACCGCCGCGUCAGGCCAUGCGGCAGAGCUGGUGGACAUCAUGACUCGCGAGCUGCUUGCCGUCGCUGAGCCCAAUGGAGGUGCCACGCGGGGGAGGGGAGGGCGGGGCGGGGCGGGGUGGGGUGGGUUGGGUUGGGUUGGGUUGGGUUGGGUUGGGGCGGGGCGGAGACGCAUGUGGGGGCGGGUGGGGUGGGGGAUGUGA